AUGGCCGCUAUAAUCGGCGACUUGGUACCCGAUCUAUCUCGAUUCCAUGACAUGAUUGUCAAUCCUUCCUCACGGCAGAAUCAACGACAACAACACCAGUCGUCGCCCCCACAACGCCCGCGCUCCCACUCCCGAUCACAAGCACGAGAUUCUCCGCCCCGCCCGUCCUUGAGCAGACCAGAACGCGCCGCUCCCUCGACACUGCGAUCUCAACGACGCGACAUCACCGAGGGCUCGCCGAGCAGCAGGAGGCGUAGUAGCUCGACUCGAGCCGCGACUCGAGCCCCUCCCAGUACCGGCGGCGCCGUCUCGACGGAGAACACGCGCCUCUUCAGAAUCCCCUCUCCGCCACCUUCUUCCUCAACCCGAGCCGCUAGUGAUAGUGCUUCGCCCCCCGACGAUGCCACGGUUGCAUCCAUGGCACCACAGAUUGGAGACAUUGUCUCUGCGGCACAGCAAUCCUUGCGCAACGAUGCAAAUCCAACAAGCGAUGCAGCAUAUCAACAACAGCAACCUUCCCCCCCAUCCAGCCAAAGCUUCCAUGUCCCCGACACCUCGCUGGCAUCAUCGUCCUUCAGCCAUGUCGAGUCAAUCUCGACAGAGGAGACCUCGCAAGAGCCACAACAGACCGUCAUUCAUGUUCGAGACUUGGCACACAUGCAGAGUCUGACGGAUGCAAAAAUGCUUGGACAAGGCAGUUCCGCGUCUUUGGACUCGACAGCUCAGAUCAAGUACGAGAUUAGCGGGAUGCCCAUUGCCGACAUUAUCGAAAUGGUGGCUGCGUUGCUCACCAAGAUUACCACUACCAACGAUUUUCAGCACGACGCCAUGCAGCGGAACGUGGCUCACCAGCAGCAAGCAAGUCAGUCCAACGACUCUGGCUCGCAUAUGAGCCCCCUGAGCCACUCAGUGCUGGCGUUUCACGGCAAAAACGUUCCCGGAAUCACCAUUAUGAGCUACCUAUCCCGCAUCCACAAGUACUGCCCGACAACGUACGAGGUGUUUCUCAGCCUACUAGUCUACUUUGACCGCAUGACGGAACGAGUGAACGAGCUGGUGGUGAGGAGCGAGCGGGCCCGCAUUCGAGCGCCGCCUCGUUCGCAACCGGCCUCUUCCGGGACUUGGCAGAGAGACACUACCAUGAGGGACGACACUCAUGACUUUGAUGAAAGUGACUCCGACCUGGCCGACGACGACGACAAUGACGACGACAAUGACGACGACAAUGACGACGACAAUGACGACGAAAUGACUGACUCGCCCACAGCAGCGAGUGGGCCAACCAGUCGAUCAGCAGAUGACCAGGGCGCAAUCGUGAGCCCGGCCACUUAUUUCGUGGUGGACAGCUUCAACAUUCACAGAUUAAUAAUUGCCGGCGUGACGUGUGCGAGCAAGUUCUUCUCCGAUGUGUUUUAUACAAACUCUCGAUAUGCCAAGGUCGGUGGUCUCCCGCUUGCCGAGCUGAAUCAUCUAGAAAUUCAGUUUUUGGUGUUGAACGAUUUUCGUCUCGCCGUUCCAGUGGAAGACCUGGAGGCAUAUGCAACCAUGCUGGUGGAAUUUUACGCCCGCGAGGUCAUGCUGAAGCAGUCAGCCCCAGGUGCUUAA